AUGGCGAAAAGAAUCGUCCACGAUGUCUGGCGCUUUGAGUAUAGACAGGCCACCUCGCCUGGAGAAGAGCCAUCAGCUGCUGAGCUGGCUCUUAAGCAGCAGCGGAAGACUUCGGACAAUCCGUUCCAGGAAUAUCUUAAACGAAACCGCUUCACGUCGCCAGAUGCAGGUCAAGAUGGCGUCACGCCGGUCGAGGAUGAAUAUCUCCAUUGGAUUACGUACUGCGAAAGCGGCGAUGGCUCCAUCGACGAUCCUCUGGCUUACUGGCACGAGAAGCGCCGCAAGUAUCCAAACCUAUCGCGAAUGGCGCUUGAUUAUCUCACGAUACAACCAAUGUCUGCUGAGUGUGAGCGUCUUUUCUCGGCAGCAGGUCGGAUGGUGAGCCCUCUGCGCCACCAACUUGAAGCCCAGAUUAUCGGGAUGUGCCAGGUAUUGCGCUCAUGGCUGAGGGCGGGCAUUAUCCAUGGCUUAGAUCCCUUCUUUAUUUCGGUAAACGAAGAACCAGUCGAUAGCGAAUUAGCCCAGAUGUCUGAGCAAGAGCUCGAGGCAUGGGCAACAAAGUGGCUUACUCAGAUUACGAGCGUUCAAGAGGAGAUGGAAGCUAGUUGGGGAUAA